GACGCAGACCGAGCUGGGAAGAGGAAGAGGGAAGAAGCGAACGAGAAGAGCGCUCGACACUAUCACUUUUUGUACGAAAAACAUAACUAAAUUUAAAUUUGCUUCUUUUUCAUCCGGCGUCUGCUAAGCUAGAUGGAUUUGUGCAGAAUCAUUUCAACUGUUUAACUACGUCUGCGUUUUACCUACAUAUUUUACUACUGUAAUAUUUGCGAUAACGUCAUUUAACGUGGAGAAAAGACCUUCAAACAGAGUCGGAGAUGGUGUUCUACAGAGAGAGAGAGUCCGACCGACCCCCUCUGACCCUCAUCCUACCACAUCUAUACUUGGGCGCUGAGACCGACGUUACGCAGGACUGCCUCUCGUCUCAGGGUAUCUCCUAUGUACUGAGUGUAAGUCGCUGCUGUCCUCAGCCAGCCUUCCUGCCUCAGUCGCAAUAUUUCCGCAUCCCCAUCGACGACUCGCUCAGAGAUGAACUGCUGCCUUGGAUCCCGGAGGCCCUGCAGUUUAUUGAUGGUGCAAGGUCCCUGGGGUGCUCAGUGCUGGUUCACUGUGCAGCAGGAGUGUCUCGUUCCCCUGCCCUGACUGUGGCCUACGUUAUGUAUCGGCUGGGCCUUGACCUGGAUGAUGCCUACAGGUUUGUGAAAGAGCGUAGACCCUCCAUUUCGCCAAAUUUCAACUUCCUGGGUCAGUUGCAGUCGUUUCAGGGUACCCUAACUCGAAAGAGCCCCAAAGAAAAUCAAAAUGGCCAGCUCACCGAGGCCCCGGACUCCUGUCUACAUUCCACCAAUGAGGACAUCAGCAACAGUUCCUGUCUCCCGGUCUCAGCCAAUCAAGACACCCAGAUUCGAGUUGCUAAGGAUAACCUCUUUGUUUCUAAAGGAGAUUCUGAGGAGAUUAAAGUGCACACAGACUGUGAAAAUCCUGGCCAUAUCACAGACAAUUUAAAUCAGGACUACUUAUCUUUGGACUCUGUGGACCGAUGUGAGGGUGCAGCUCCAGGUCUGACCCUGAACUCAAAACAGGACAAACAAGACUCAGCUGAACUUUCUCUGUCUGACAAAAUCAGGACUCUUACGCUCACUCUUAACCAAAGAGAGAUGCACAGCACUCCUGGAGUUGAGAUUCAGGCACAGAAUUCUACCACAAAAUGCCAGUCAAAACCAAUGCCAAAGCCAACAAAACUACAAAUACCAUCAGAGGCUACAUCUGUCUCAGACAAACGCAAAUCUCUGACCCUUUCCCUCACCAGUUUGGGUGCAAAUUCCCAAGUACACAAAAAGAGGGUGCCAGAGAAUGAAAGCAGCAGCAGCCAUCUACAGGGCCAGACAAACAGUUCCAAAACUGUCCAGAAGAGGGAGACAGAAAUCCAUAUCAGCACAAGUAGACAAGACAAAAAGGCACCACCAAGUGUUCUGUUGCUCCCCUCUGGGAGACCUCAGAAGGAGACGCACAGGCCAUGUGGAGAGCAGCCUCAGCUGAGAAAGGAGAGGAAGAGUGCCUCCAAAACUCGGAGGAAGGAGGAUAAAGAGAGCCGUUGCCAUUUUGUCUCUCAGCAAAGUGGCGAUAAUCCCAGUGCAAACCCCGAGGGAGAGAGCAUCUACAGCUCCAGCAGCAAAACACUGGACAUAAAGCAAAGGUGUAACAUUACAAAUCAGCACCAGAUUGCUCACGACAGGCACUGCGCCACUGCAGAGGAAGCUGUCGAGGGCCUAGACAUGAAGGAGCUUCCGCUUUCGCCGAUCAACCUGACUGUUAACAAGUUCUUAGACUGGGGUGGGAGAAUACUUCUGGGGGCUCUUCUGGGCCCCAGAAUUAAGGUCGGACAGGCCGCUCUGCCAUACAGAUGCUGAGGGGAGGAGCAAGGAAAUAUGCAGGAAAGAACAGCGAGGUUAUGUGAGCACUGAGGGGCAGUGGCAUGGAUGCUGAAGAAGAUGUUUAUUUUUUCUGUCACCCCCACAAAAAACAUUUGUUAACAAUAGUAGGAGGGGGACUCUUGUGAAUAGAGAGGAGCUGAAACUGGGAAUCUGUGUGUGGGUGUGUGUGUGUGUGUGUGUGUGGGUGUGUGUGUUCUUGUGCAUGUGAGUUUGUAUGUUAUUAAGUUAUAAGACUGCAUGUAUACUUAGGAAUGUAUGUUUAAUAAGUGAAAUGCACACACUGCUUUGAAGAAAUAUUCCAUUAUAAUGACUUUUCCUUAUUUAUGAGUUGUUGACUACUGAAUUA